UAUUAAUUGAGAUUGCUGUUUCCGCUACGGCGCAGUUGGCGAACACGGUCGUCUUUGUGCUGCGGUCGUCAUGUCACUGGGUUUCCCAGCUUCAGCUUACUAGUGAUUUCUCCUCGCUUCAGUUGAGCAGCAUCUCAAGCAAUGGCCCCUGCUGCCGAUCCGAUCGCUGAGCGAAGCCUCACAACCAAAAAUGCUACCUCCAAUGAACUCAGCCAGAAGAGACUCCAGACGCCUCUGGAAGCACUUUCGCUCGGGCCAAACGGCUUGUCUCUCCCCGGGAUUCCCAACUUCCCCAGCUUCGCAGAGCACCGAACAUGGAUCAAGCAGCACAUGGCUGGCGUCUUCCGCCACUGGAGCCGCGAAGGAUACAUCGAAGGAAUUUCGGGACACAUCUCCGUCCAAGAUCCAGAGUUCCGCGAUGCCUUCUGGUUCAAUCCAUAUGGCGUCCACUUCGGACUCCUCAAGGCCAGCGACAUGGUCCUCGUCAACUUGGACGGAAAAAUCAUCGGGGGCAAUACAGAAUGGCCCGUCAUCAACAGCGCCGGGUUCUUGAUUCACACCGAGAUCCACAAGGCUCGCCCUGAUGCUGCGGCAGUCGUCCACUGCCACGGGAUUUACGGCAAAGCAUGGUCUGUCUUUGGGCGGCCCCUCGAAAUGCUGACGCAAGAUACGUGCAAAUUCUAUGGGGACGCGCAGGCUGUAUAUGAUAACCAUGGAGGGGUCGUCUUUGGUCCUGAGGAAGGACAGCGAAUCGCCUCGUCACUAGGGCCGAAUGGCAAGGGUGCCAUCCUUCGCAACCACGGUCUCUUAACAGUGGGUCGGACCGUGGAUGAGGCCGCCUUCCUCCUAACCUCUAUGGAAAGGAGUUGCCACGUUCAGCUGCUAGCGGAUGCCGCUGCUGCCGAUGGUGUCCCGAAGAAGAUCAUCUCUGAUCGAGAAGCCAAGUUCAACUUCGACGCGGAGAGUGACCACGAUCUCUGCUACGCCGAAUUCCAAGCUUACUACAACUACGAAGUCAAGCUGGCUAAUGGAGAUUUCUUAAAUUGAGCAUCGCAUAAAUAGACAGGAGGAGGCUUAAAUCUAGAAGCUAAUAAAGUCAAACCAAAUAUGGACCAGCCAACGCCUCAUGUUUUGUUCGACCGCGUAACUUCAGUAGUCAUACGAAUUUGGAGUCGGCCAGCGGAGCUGUCGAGAGCGUCACCUUAAUUAUCCUGUCGGCUCGGGUGAUGGACCUACAUUUCGUCCUCAGCGGAGUCUAUUUCUGCCUCUGUAACAGCACCCAGAUUGUGGGACUCUCUUAAGGCUGGGGGUAAACGAUGCUACUUUGAGCGAGUAAGGCGUUCCUGCUGUUAUGCAGAAUGCUUCACAUGCUUACCUAGUGCUAUGCACAGCCUCAAUGCCACCCGUGAUAUCGGUACCAUCAUUGACUAUUGCAACAGACGAGCGCCUAGUGCAGCCUUGUCCGCGAGGGCUCCAACAAGGCUGAGCGUCACCGCGACCUAACUGUCCAUACCCGUGGAGUUUGGACAGCGGUAGG